AUGACACCUGUCCUCAUAUUAUUGCUCGCAUUGUGUGCAAAUGGUUUGGAAAAUCCCCUUUGGCGAAGGUCUCAGAUCACUCAAGACCGAACGUUGCACGCAAUCCCACCGACUCAGCAAGGGGAGCCCUAUCGCUAUUUGAAUAGCAAGACAGACAGGUUUCUCGUCAACGGCAGUAUCAUUCCCGAGGUCGACUUCGAUGUCGGCGAAUCCUAUGCAGGCCUGUUGCCCAACACACCCGCGGGAAAUUCGAGUCUGUUCUUUUGGUUCUUCCCUUCGCACAAUGCGGAUGCCGAGGACGAGAUAACGAUCUGGCUCAAUGGCGGCCCUGGAUGUAGCUCUCUUGCCGGGAUGCUCCAGGGCAACGGUCCUUUUAUUUGGAGACCCGGAACGUAUAAGCCGAUCCCCAACCCCUAUUCAUGGACGAAUCUCACCAAUAUGGUUUAUGUGGACCAACCUGCGGGCACCGGCUUCUCUCCUGGGCCAUCCACUGCGCGGGACGAGGCGGACGUAGCUCGUCAGUUCAAGACCUGGUUUAAGAACUUUGUGGAUACGUUCGGUUUGCAUGGUCGGAAGGUCUACAUCACUGGAGAAAGCUACGCGGGUCAAUAUGUGCCAUAUAUUGCUUCUGCAAUGUUGGAUGAACACGACACAGCCUACUUCAACGUCCGCGGUAUCCAAAUUAUCGACCCUAUGAUCAACACGGACAGUGUAAUGAUCUACGCACCGGCGGUUGCACAUUUCAAUCAUUACCGGAAUAUUUUCUCCCUGAACAAGACGUUCGUUGACGACGUGAACGAUCGGGCCGAGAAGUGUGGUUUCAACAAGUUUCUCGACGAAGCCCUUACUUAUCCUCCCCCAAGCGCAUUCCCACACGCCCCGGACGAAAAGAAAGACAACUGCACUCUUUGGGAUGAGAUCGUCCGGGCAGCUUACUACGUUAAUCCGUGCUUCAACCUCUAUCACCUCACAGACUACUGCCCUUAUCUCUGGAAUGAGAUGGGAUUUCCGACCCUCGCCGAUGGACCGAACAAUUACUUCAACCGGUCAGAUGUGCAGAACAUUCUGCAUGUUCCUAGAACAAGCUACUCGCCUUGUGUUGAUUACGACAUAUUUCCCAGCGGGGAUAGGUCGCCUCCUAGUUCCUUCGGGCCUCUUCCCAGUGUGAUCGAGCGCACAAACAACACCAUCAUCGCGCACGGCUGGCUUGACUUUCUGCUCUUCAUGAACGGGUCGCUCGUCAGUAUACAGAACAUGACGUGGAAUGGGUUACAGGGGUUCCAGACGCCACCAACCGAGCCAUUGUAUGUUCCGUACCACUAUGGUUUGGCCGAGGUGUCGAACGCAACGAUUGCUCCGAGGCCGUUUACGCUCGAUGCUGGGGCUGGAUAUUUGGGAACCGCCCACACCGAGCGAGGUCUAACGUUUACAACUGUCUACUUGGCCGGGCAUGGGACUCCGGCAAGCAAGGGAUUGAGGAACUUCAUUGAUAUUGUAACGAGUUUGGAGCAGAUCCGUCUGAGAAAGAACUGA